GUUGAGCCAUACGGCGGCGGCAGCGUCCCCGGAGCUGUCAAAUAUUGCGCACAGCCUUCAGUCUUCAGUCAGUGGAGUAAAGCAGACUAAUCCAUCAGACAAACAACUCGGGGAUUAACCUUUUUUAGCCUCGCGAAAGUAGUUUUCGCCACCACACCCGGAAGCCUGCUUUUAAAAUCAUUAUUAAUUUGUCACAUGGCUUUGGAGAAUUCAAUAACAACAAAAAAUGGCGACAAUCACGUUGCUCUGUGUGGUCUUGCUGCGUCAUUAAAAAUAUUCAUGUAAACACGGGGAAUUGGACGGGAAAAAUGCAGAGCCGAGCGCGGCGGGGCUAAUGGAGUUGUUUACAUGAAGUGCGGAGGGCGGACUGACUGACGAGGAGGUGGAGCCGCUACGUCGAGCCAGAGACGCCACCGGACUGCUCGAGAGGCUUCUCGCGGCUGAGGGAGGCGGAGCCCGCGAGGAGAAUCAUAACAAGUCUGACGUCACUCGGCCUUGUGUGUCUGAAUGCCAACCCUGUGGAUGAUGGAGUUAGGCAGGCAACUCUGUGGGAAAAUGAGGAGAUCCAGUAGGAGAGCCCAGCUCUCCUCUGCUCCUACUUCCACUUGGGGCCUGGAGAUCCACUUUUACUUACCUGAUGUGCGCCAGCUGGAGUUCUUCAAAGGCUGCUACACCGCUGAGGCACUCUGUGUUGAAGCUGCCAAGAGAUGCUCAAUCUCUCCCCUGUGCCAUAACCUGUUUUCCUUGUACAAUGAGACGGAUAACAUGUGGUAUCCCCCCAACUAUGAGUUCAAGAUCACAGAGGAAACCAGCCUCAAGUUGCACUAUCGCAUGAGAUUUUAUUUUAAUAACUGGCAUGGCACCAAUGAAGGCGAGUCCCCAGUUUGGAGACACUGCAUCAGCAAGCUUAAAGGAGGACUCAGCCCACAGAAAACACCGGAAGGAACACCCCUACUGGACGCAGCCUCUCUCGACUACCUGUUUGCCCAGGGCCAGCAUGACUUUCAGAAAGAUGUGGUUCCCCUGAGGAUCGCACAGUCAGAAGCAGAGCAGCAUGAGAUUGAAAAUGAGUGUUUGGGCAUGGCCGUGCUCGCCAUCACUCACUACGCCACCAACAUGGAUAUUCCCCUGACCACUGCUUCCAAUGAAAUUAGCUACAAACGUUUCAUCCCAGAUUCCCUGAAUCGUAGCAUCAAGCAACGCAAUAUCCUGACACGCGUGCGCAUCAACAACGUCUUUAAGAAAUUCCUCAGCGAGUUCCACCGUCGCACCAUCAAGGACAGAGACAUCACACCUUACGACCUGAAGAUCAAGUACCUGGCCACACUGGAGGGCCUGACCAGCGGCCUGGGCAGCGAGGUGAUAGAGCCAGUCACACUCAGCGUUACACAGGAGGGAGAGCUCAGCAACGGAGGUUACUUUGGAUAUUACAACCAGAGCCAAGAGCAAGACCAGAGUCAGAACUUGGAGAUGAGCUAUGAUACAGAGGUCCUGGUUUCUGGUACCACUGGCAUUUCCUGGAGGAAGAAGACCUCAGCACAGGCACCUGUGAUCUGUAAGGAAAAGAGCAAGUCAAAGAAAAACAAACAGGAUGGAAAGCAGAAAAACAACAGGAAGAAAGAAGCAAAUGAAGGCUGGGUGGUGUUCUGUGACUUCCAUGAGAUCACCCACGCAGUCAUCAAGGAUGUUACCGUCACCAUCUUCAGACAGGACAACAAGAGGAUGGAGCUGCGAAUGGCUACUCGGGCUGAGGCUCUGUCUUUUGCAGCCCUUGUUGAUGGUUACUUCAGGCUGACAGUGGACGCGCACCACUUCCUGUGCAAGGAGGUGGCCCCUGCUUCAGUGGUGGAAAAUAUCAAAAAUGGCUGCCAUGGACCAAUCUGCACGGAGUAUGCCAUCCAUAAACUGCGCCAGGAGGGAAAUGAGGGUGGCACCUACAUCCUGCGCUGGAGCUGCACAGACUACCAGUACAUCAUCAUUACUGUGGUCUGCACUGAGGAGUCUCACCCCAAGUGUCAGUACAAGAACUUCCAGAUUGAAGAGAGCUCUGGGGGUUUCCGUCUACAUGGCACGGACACCUUGCGGCCCACCCUCCAAGAGCUGCUGGAGCACCUGGAGAGACAGAGUCUUCGCACUGAUAACCUCCAGUUUGAGCUUGUACGCUGCUGCCCUCCACAACCACGAGAGGUGUCCAACUUGUUGGUUGUCACUAAAGAGAGAGCUCCAGUUCCUCAGACACCUGUACAGGAGAGCCAGCUCAGUUUCCACCGCAUUCUCAAGGAGGAGAUCGAUCAGGAAGAGCACCUCGGCCUCGGCACAAGAACCAACAUCUUCUCAGGAACACUGAGGGUGAAGAACGAGGAGGAGGAUGAUGAUGUCGGUUACUCAUCCUUCCAGGAAGUGAAGGUAGUCCUGAAGGUGCUGGGAUCUGGACACAGGGACAUAUCCUUGGCCUUCUUUGAAACAGCCAGUAUGAUGCGACAAGUUUCCCACAAACACAUAGUGCUGCUGUAUGGAGUGUGUGUCCGCCAUCAAGAGAAUAUCAUGGUUGAGGAGUUUGUCCAACUGGGACCGCUGGAUUUGUUUAUGAGGAGGCAGCAAAACCCGCUGAGCACACCGUGGAAGUUCCAGGUGGCUAAGCAGCUGGCAUCAGCUCUCAGCUACUUGGAAGACAAAAAGCUGGUUCAUGGCUUUGUGUGUUCCAAAAACAUCCUGCUGGCAAGAGACGGGCUGGGCACCGAUGAGGGAGGGCCAUUCAUCAAACUCAGCGACCCAGGAAUACCGAUCACAGUGCUCACAAGAGAGGAGUGUGUGCAUCGUAUCCCGUGGAUCGCUCCAGAGUGUGUGAAGAACGUGUCAGCCCUGAGCGUCGCGGCUGAUAAAUGGGGCUUUGGUACGACCCUGUGGGAGAUCUGCUAUGAUGGAGAGGUCCCGCUGAAGGAAAAGAAGCUUACUGAGAAGGAGAGGUUUUAUGAAAAGGAGUGCCAACUGGCCACCCCAGACUGCAAAGAGCUGGCUGAGCUGAUGACCCACUGCAUGAACUACGACCCCAAGAAGAGACCUUUCUUCAGGGCUAUUGUCCGAGAUAUCGACAUGCUAGAGGAAAAGAACCCAUCCAUCAAACCCAAGCCGACACCAGAGGUGGAUCCGACUGUGUUUGAGAAGAGAUUCCUGAAGAAAAUCAGAGACCUUGGAGAGGGUCACUUUGGUAAGGUGGAGCUGUGCCGUUAUGAUCCUCGAGGAGAUAGAACCGGUGAGAUGGUGGCGGUGAAGUCUCUAAAGCCUGAGACCCGCGAGGAGCAGAGCACCAACCUGUCACGUGAGAUUGACAUCCUGAAAGGACUGUACCAUGAAAACAUCGUCAAAUACAAGGGCAUCUGUCUGGAGGAAGGGGGUCAGGCCAUUAAACUGAUCAUGCAGUAUGUCCCACUGGGCAGUUUGAAGGACUAUCUGCCCCGAAACAAGAGCAAGACCAACCUCAGCACCCUGCUCAGCUACUCAGUACAGAUAUGCAAGGGAAUGGAGUAUCUGGGACAGAAAAACUACAUCCACAGGGACCUGGCGGCCCGGAAUGUGCUGGUUGAAAACCAGAGCACGGUCAAGAUCGGAGAUUUUGGCCUCACCAAGAGUAUCAAAGAGAACGAAGGGUAUUACACGGUCAAGGAUGAGAACGACAGCCCUGUUUUCUGGUAUGCUCCAGAGUGUCUGAGUCACUGUAAGUUCUACCUUGCUUCAGAUGUUUGGUCCUUCGGUGUCACAAUGUACGAACUCAUCACCUACUGCGAUUCCUCCAAGAGCCCGAUGGCGCUCUUCAUCAGCAUGAUCGGUAAAACUCAAGGUCAGAUGACGGUCUUCCGUUUGGUGAAGCUGUUGGCAGAAGGGAAGAGGUUGCCACGCCCUGAUGGCUGCCCAGAGGCGGUGUACGAGCUGAUGCACAGGUGCUGGGAGCAAAAACCGGAGCAGAGGAUCACCUUUGAGCGCCUGAUUAAGGAGCUGAGUAACCUUCAGCAGAAGUGCGAGCCGCAGAUUGACCCUUAAACCUCGCAGCGUUUGUGGCUCUGGAAGUGAAGCCGAGUUUGUUUUGGACUGAACGACAACAACAGAUCAGCGUCUGCCUGUGAGAGACUUUCAUGAAGGCUCAGCCUUCAUACUCACACAUAAACCUUCCACAACUUCAACAGACUUUUAUUUCUAAUCAGCAACUGUAGUAUGCCACAUUUAUAACAUUUUUUAUUUGAUGCUCUCGUAUUUUUUAUGUUAAACUUAGGGGUCCUACUUUUGGAUGGCUAAUAUUAUAACUUUAGCCUAAAUGUGAUCUUGUAUCUUACAAAGAAGCUCCGGAUGUUUCUAACAGAUAAAACAGUCUGCAGCAAUACAGACUUGUGGCUGGUGUAGUGAACUCUGAAGGCCUUACCAUUGUAUGGACAGGAAGUAAAAGAAAAGACGGAUAUGGAGCAGAGAGACUAACUGUUUCUUGCAGAACCAAAGUUGAAUUGUGAUUAUUUGGGUGUAGAUCACAGAUGGAUCAUGAUGAAGUUCCUGGGAUAAAAGGCUAAAGAAGAUGUAACAGGUAAAUGACAAAAUGCUAAAGAUUUGAAGCUCCUGUUUUAAUUUCUUUUAAUGCCAGAGAGCUAUGGACCUUGAACUGUCUGGGUUUUCUGUUCACAGUGUGCAGAUAGCAGCAGUGUUUCUUUAUUGUUUAAAGUGAUCGGGAAAGGUUUAUUUUUAAGGUUUAGCUAUAUUUAGCUUAAUAUUUCUCAUUUUUAUCCUCACUGUUUAAGGGAUUUUCUGAAUCUUAAAUGCUGUGUUUCCAGCAAGUGGCCUGGUUCAAUUCAGACCAUGAGGUAAGAGGCUUGUGGUGCCUCUUUAACAGCUUUUCACCCUCAUUUUGUCAUAAACAUGCCUUUUUAGUUAACAGUGACAUACUAAUUAGCGAUUCAAGUGUUGGUGUGAUGUGUUAUUGGUGAACCAACUGGUAGGGCAGCUCGAUUGGGGCAAAAGUCAUAACCAUGGCUAUUUUGAUUGAUAUGGAUAUCAUGAUGAGAUGCCGAUUUUACCGCAUCAGCAGCUGUGCGUAUAUUUGAAAUCAUAAAACAAGUCUCUCACGCUUCCUUUAGGAUCUAUGGAAGCAAUUACGGCCAGGCGUGAAAAAAAAUACUCUGGUGCACUUCAAGAAUAAAGUCAUAAUGAUGAAAAAAAGUCUAAAUUGGAUCUAAGACAACCACACUGUGAGCUAAAGAAUAUCAAUCUCUACAAGGCUGUUUGUAGAGGCAGUCAAGAUUUGUUGUAAUUUUCAGUACUGUUCAAAGACGAUUAGUUUUAACGGCCGACCUCUGAUAAUUUAUACAUUUCCUCAUGAUUGGUGCUGGGCAUUCUCACGGGAUAAACAAAGUCGAUGUAAACAAAUUUACCAACAUUUCUGAGAACAUUAAGAACACAUGUUGAAUUUUUAUUUCUAAAUUGUGUUUUGUAGGUGACAUUGUCUUCAUGCAUCCUACACAAUACUGUUAACUAAAGUUUUCAGUAGACAACAUGCCACAGUGUUCCUUUUUUUGCUUUUUUUUUUUUAAUAUAUUUCAUAAUUUGCAGUAAGCUGUCCAUGAUCAGUAAACAAGUGUACAACUGGCCUUAAUCCUCUUCUGCAAGGAUCAGACACAACCAUGUAACAAAAACUUUACAUGUUAUUUUGCAUUGUUCCAGGUCAGACUCCACAAAACCGAAGUGGAUCCAGGUCACUUGGACUUUAUGCUAACCAGCCUGUCAGCGUGCAGUGCAGUCAUCAUUUUAUCAUGACUUUCUUGUUUACAUGAUUGUGGGAAGCUGAGAGCAUAUUGAAAAGGAAACAACAUUAACUGCCCAGCACAAAGAACCAGUUCUUCUCCUUGUUUCCAUUUUGUUGUUUUUUUUGUAGAAUUAAAAAAGCCAAACUGGUACCAAAUCAAGAGCUGUUUUGGAGCUAAAUGAGUAUCGCUGAGCUGAAAGACCUGGAUCUCUUAAUAAAAGAGAAUUACUCCAGUCAGACACUGGCAUUAGAAAUGCAAGGAAGAUCAGAGUUUACUGUGCCAAACUGUACUGAACCGAACCGUACCGCUUGCUGGAAACGCCUCAUUAGAUCGUCAUUUGAAUACAAUUUUCAGCGUUGAGGUUUAAAAAUAUUUCUGCAGGCAUGUUUCUUUAUUUCAGACUCUAUUGACCACAGCUCUAUAAAUGAUAACAGUUGUUUGCAGCAAAGGUUUAAGUAAUCAAAGUUCCGGUCACACAGUUACCAGACGUCAACAGAAAGUCUUCAUUUGUGAGGAAGCUGUAAGCUGCAUCUGCACAAUUACAAAAAAAUCCUUUUAUUGAUCCGGUGGUUCAUCGCUUUCGCUUUUAUUUUUUGUUGUCAUCUUCUUUAUAUCACCAGGAGCAACACUUUGCCCUCUUUUAGGAAAAAUCCCAUAUUUUGCAUCAUGUUAAAUCCAGUAUCCAAAUCUUUUGCAGUGGUUCGUAUUUGUAGAAUAAUGUUUAAAACCGUUUGAAUCUGAUGACUUUUGCCUAAAAAUUCAGCACUUGUUAGACAUGCUUGAUGAGAUUGAGUGAAGUACCUGCUAGAAACACUUGAGGGCAGCAACAGUUCACGCUUCUCUCCUGUAAUGUUUUGUCACUUCAGUUCAAAUGUGCAAAAGUCUCACACGUUCACAUGUUGAUAUACUAUUCAUAAUAGAUGAAAAAGGAGCUAAUUUUCAUUGUUGAAGGAUGUUUUUGGAGGAUUUUGAAUGUAGAGUUGAAAGUGAGACUCUACACGGCAUUUCAUUUAUUGUGUAUAUGCAUUUUCUUUUUAUGAUUUCAUUUUAACCCUCCAAUAUGUCAGAAACCGUAUAAAAGAGUAUUUUAUCUGUGUAUGUUUUUUUUUCUGUUUUUCCCCCUGUUUUAAAUCCAUCAGCACUUGUGCAGUUGUGGGUGUAAAAUCACGCUUUAUCAAAAGGACUUCACAAAUGGUCAGUUCUUGAUGCAACUGUAUGGCUGUAACUGUGAAAAGAAGAGACUGUAAAAUGACAAAAUUGCGCUUCAGUCCACAUUUUAUUUAGGAAUGUAAAAGACAUUUCCUUCUGCUCAAAAUAAGAGAAAAGAAAUAUAUAUAUUUUUCAAAAAAUAAGACAAAAAAAAAGACUUAUGGAAGGUAAAAGUAUCCAUAAAUACACAAUGAAAAAAUAAAUAAAAUCAAUGUUUCUUGUGUUCUGUCUGCGUCAGUCCAAAUGCAAUAUAUUAUUAACUACUGAAAACAGUUGGUUCUAUAUAUUACAGUUGUAAGUAUGCAUGCUAAAAUUGCUCUAGAAAUACCUUAUUCACAGUAAAACAAUAGUAAUGUCAGUGUGAUAGAAAAUUUAGCAAAAAUCUACAGUUUAUUUCAGUUCAAAAAAAUCCACAAAAAACUGUUUACAAAGCAAGAAGCACAGCAAAUCUAGAUUCACCUACAGCCAGAAAAACGUGUCAGAAAAUCUGAAAUAUUGGAGUAUUGCAAAGCUUUGUGGUCAACACACAGACAGACACAGUCAUUCACUAUUGCAAAGUCCAGCGUCACCGCUGACCCUGUGAAGUUUACACACUGGUACAAGGGUCACAGACUGGAACUUUAAAGGGGCUCUUCAUACACAGGAACAGGAAGAAACCUUAAGAGGAUUUUGCAGAUUCUUUUCUGGUGUAAAUUGACUCUUAAAAAUACAGAAGCCCUAAGCAGACAUCUCUCCAUACAUUUUAUUAUGCAUCCAUAAAGUGACAGCCAGGGCCAGAGGAAUUGUUUUCAGGUUCUUUGUUCGUCCGUACGACUUCUCUUGUGAAUGUUUCAAACAUGCUUUCUGGGACUUUUUUUUUCUCUUUAGGAUGUGUGCUUUGGGGCUUUUUUAUGCCUAUAUUGAUUGAUGAGAGGACAGUGGUUUGAAUCGGAAACAGGGAUGAGAAAUUGGGGGGAGACAUGCGGAAAAGGAGCCACAGGCCCAACUUGGGCCGCCUGUGUACAUGGGACUCCCCUAUCUAGGACUAGGCCAUCUGCGCCCCAAGGGACUUUCCUAAAAUGUCACAAAAAUGUCCUUUCUGACACAAAGAUGAACUGACUAUAUUUUAAAUGUUGAGGUCAUUACACAAUGCUUGUGAAUUCAAUAUUCCAAGAGAGCCUUGAGAGAUUUUUUUAACAAGAAAACUGAGGCAUUUUCUUCAGACUUGCAAAAAUGUCAACUCUGGCUGGAGGUUAGAAAAAUUGGAUUGUAGAGCUCAAAGUCAAACUUCAAGGUAAUUAGGCCUCAUGUUUAUCACUUGAUUGUGAACAACUUAUCUCAAGAACACUUAAAGGGAUUUCUCUACAGAAUUUUCAUGAAUGUCCACUCUGUGGCUCAGUAUUUCAAGAAUGUAUUGAGGGAUUUUUGUUAAAUUUGAUACAAACCUACCCAUGGAUUUGAGGGUGAAGUGAUUAGAUUUUGGGGAUCAAAGGUCAUUUGUCAUGCCUUAAUUUGGCCCCCAUACAUUUAACUGCAUCUGUAAUCCAAAGUUUAAAAUAAAACAUGCACCUACACUGCAAAUGAAAAAAGAUUUCUACAUAUCACAUGCCCACAAAACCCACCUCAGCUCUUCUCCUCAGCCCACUACAAUGCCCACUGCCGUGACAUAACUGUAUUUCUCUUGGAGGCAUGCAGGUGCCAGGUAGUAGCUGUAGGUUACUCUGUUUUCCUGUGGUAAGGAGUUAUUUUUCACUUGUCCUUUCAAGGUCUCAGCUUCUCUUGUAUCCGCAGACAAACAAAAGUAGAAACUGGCUUAAUUUACCUUCUUAUUGUGGGCGAUAGCAGCAUGGCAUGUUACGGCAAUAGCCAGGUUUUUUAUCUUAAGUUUAAAUGGUAAAAUCAGAUUUUAGGCCAAGAUAAGGAGAUAAACUAGAGCAAAAUGAUGUGAGAACUGACCUUAUCUUGAUAAAUUAAUCAAUAUUAAUGGGAUUAUAUGUUUUAUCUUCUGAUAAUAAGACAUAUAACCCAUUUCAAUGGGAAGACCAGAUUUAUGAUCUUAAGACUGAGAUAACAACUGUGUUAUAAUUGGAAAACUUGUGUUCUCUUGAGUUAAGAUCAAUUUAUUCAUUAUGAGGGAAUAACAAUCUUUGUUUUCAGAGGAUAAGAUAGAUAAGUUGAGAUCUCAAGAAAAAAACAGAUCUGCGUUGUUAUUGCAGGAAAAUGGCACAUAUAUUAUGUAUGGAUGCAUGUCCACUUAGAGCUUCUAUUAAACAGCUGUUAUUUUACACAAGUUCCUGAAUUCUUUUAAUGACUGCAGAACCUAAAACAAGCUGCUGUGGCUGCACUUACACAGAAACACGACUUAGUCUUGACCUUUCUGAUGUGCAAACUGGAGCUGGCUCACUAGCAGGUAAAAACUAACGCUGUUAUACUAAUUAAAAAAUCCUUUCCUUGCUUUUACUUAGCAGGCUUCCUUUUUAUGUUACUAUAACUCUGUGUAUAGUCAUCAUUGAGGAUGUCACAUCUAGAAGGUUGCACAGAGAGGCACAGAAGAAGAAUAAAAAAGAGAGCUUUUCUCUGACAGUAUAACCACUCCUGAAACAUUCCCUAAUAAAUAAACAUGACUUAAGUUUCUUUUCCAGUAUGAAUACUUUUACAAUGUCCUAUCAUACUCCAACUGUGCAGGGCAAGGCUUUAAGAUAAUAUUGCAAUGUUUUCUACAAAGAUUCAUCUGAAACAAAGGCAACGUAAAGACUUUCAAAUUAUCUCUGUAGGCAUACAUUUCCUUAUUUUGUAGGCAACAGAAGAAGUCCUUUAAUGAAAAAACAAUAGCGCCUACAAACUAGAUUUCUCUUAAGGAGUCAGACAGACAGGAAUGCUUUAGCAUAAGUGCUGUUUACAUGACAAAGUUAACGCUUACAUUAAUAAAAAUGAAAAGAACAAUUAUGGAAGCCCUAAGCAAACAUAAAUCCAAACAUAUUUCUUAAUUUACUCUGUUUUCAUGUGAUAACAGGUUAUUUUUCAUCACUUUCUUAAGAUCUUCAUUUAUUUGUUAAGAAUAAUAGUAAAUAAAACUGCUCUUUCAGUGAUGACAGCCAAAGAAACAAGGAAAUCUAUGAUUCUAGUCAUCCAAACAUUGUUCAAUAAUGAUCACCUUCCGGGUAAAGAUCUCUGCCAAAUCAAGUGUAAGCUGCACCUUAAAACUACAUCACAUGCUAAAGUUUGAAAAUACAUGCUAACAGGCAGGAGCCUCUUUAAUUGGUGAUCAGAUAUAUUAAACUACAACCAUCUGUAGUCACUGUGCAUGCCUCACUUUGCACUGAAAAAGCCCUUGAUGGACUGAAAUAUCUGCCUAAAUAAAUAUAUUUUAUUGUUCAGUCCAUGUACGAUUUAAAAUCUGUAGCAUUUAACAACCUCACUGUAAUUCAAAGUUUCUACACUAUUUCUUCUAUCUCUAUCCUUCUGCUCUUUCUUUCCCCUGCUUUUAGAAACUCAAAAGUCCAUCUAACUUCUUGUAAUGGCGAAGAUGCUUUGUUCAUCCUUUUAUUUUCUAUACUGCUCCUCAAGUCUGGGACUCCCAGGGUCUGAGGCCAAUCCCAGCUGUCACUGGGGGAGAGGCAGGGUCGUUGGCCAAUCACAAGGUUAAAAUGCUUUAUGAGCAGCUUUUAUCUUAUGAGGAUGUAGUCUUAACUUUAAGGAGAAAUCCUUAGAAAACAUGAUUCUCAGAACGUUCUUAGAACUCUGUCACAAGGAAAAAGUCUUCAUACUUGGAAAGCUUUGUAAAUAUUCUCUCUGAUUUUCUUGUGAUAAUUAAUAUCUAAAGAUACUGGGAAUAAAAGGAAAUCAAUAGCAAAAACAAGGAUGGGAUUUUUUUAGAGAAAACAUGUCAAAUAAUUCAAGCUAUGAGUCAUUAUCACAGGAAAAAUUGAGUAAAACAAAAUGCGGCAUGUCCACUUAGGGCUUCAUUUUUUUGUACAUUUUUGGAAGGAUUUGUAAAUUUCAAGUCCACGAUGCAAAAGCAUUAACAAAACAUGUAGCUGUUGUAUUUUUAGACACUAUUAAGUGAAAAUGUCACAUAUUACACCUCUACUGGAAAGUGGCAGCAUCCUAACAAGGCAGUUUUCUUUUCUUUAUGUAACAGUUGCUUAAACUACAGCACCAAGCUGUAAUUUGUACAAGACUAUACAUUGGAAUAAAUCUCUCAUUAACAGGGAUGCACAAUAUUAUCAGCAGAUUUUAGCUUUAAAAGUAUCAGUAUCGCCUAAUAUGAAAAUUUCUGCCAAUAUUUUGAGAGAUAUGGGUUGUAAAUAUCGGAAUGUAUGAAUACAUGUUGAGUUUUUGACUGGACCAAUAGACCUAUGUCAGCAGAAGUCUUUCAAUUAUUCAACUUUUAAUUUCAGUUUUAAGGGUGGAGUUUUACAUCUGAAAUAAAUAUCUAAAUAUCAA